AACGCGCUUACUCCGCGGCGAUGCGAGAAACAGUAUAAAUGCCCGGCACCACCCUCACUCUCAACCAUUCAAGCGAUCUUCAGGGUCUCUAGGUGAAAGUGAAGUUUUCAUUCGAGCGAUCAAUCUCUUAUAGAGUGUUUCUCUGUCGCGAUCUUGAUUUUGCUUUCGUUUCUAGCAAAAUGGGUGUUCAUGAUACGGUGUUUCUGUCCGCUACUACUGCUGUGCUUCUGGUUUUGAUGAUCCAGAGCUCGCUCGCUGCUCGUCUCCCUAUCAAGUCGGACGUUCCAUUCGCCCAAAACUACUAUGUGAGAUGGGCCGACGAUCACACGAGAAUGCUCAAUGGCGGCACCGAAAUGCAUCUUGUUCUCGACAAGGCAUCAGGUGCUGGAUUUGGAUCCCGGACCAAAUACUUGUUUGGUCAUGUUAGCAUGAAGAUCAAGCUGGUCCCAAAGGACUCCGCCGGGACCGUCACGGCAUUCUACAUGUCCUCGGAGACCGACAAGCACGACGAGCUCGACUUUGAGUUCUUGGGCAACACUUCGGGGCAGCCAUAUAUCGUCCAGACCAACGUUUUCGCCAAUGGCGUUGGAAACCGGGAGCAGCGACACUACCUCUGGUUCGACCCCACUCAGGACUUCCACAGCUACUCCUUCCUUUGGAACAAGCAGCAGAUCAUAUUCUACGUGGACGAUGUCCCUUUGCGUGUCCACAAGAACAACGAAGCCAUUGGGAUCCCAUUCCCGAAGACCCAGCCCAUGGGGAUCUACUCGAGUCUGUGGAAUGGAGACGACUGGGCUACUCGCGGCGGCCUGGAGAAGAUCAACUGGGAUCACGCUCCAUUCGUGGCGGCGUACAAGGGAUUCAGCGUGGAUGCUUGCGCCGGGGGUGUGGAGUCGUGCAGCGCUCCCAGGGGCAACUGGUGGGAGCAAGAGGCAUUCCAGAGCACCGACGAGGAGACCAAGAGCAAGCUCAAGUGGGUCAAGGACAACUACAUGAUCUACAACUACUGCACCGACAGCAAGAGGUUUCCCACAACUCCCGCGGACUGUGGCCAGUUUUAACUUUCGAGCGAGAUUCUAGGACGGGAAUUUCUUGUAAAUGGAAAGAGAUUAGCAUCUUGGUUGUAUAGACAUUCUUUUCAUUCGAAGACUUCUAGCUUUUACCAGCA